AUGGAUGUAAAUUCAUUCCGUAGAAUCGGAUUCGCAUACGCUGUGGUGUGGUUGCUCGCAUCGACGGUUGGUGCUGUAUACUUUUUCAAAAAUCUUGUCAAGAAUGAAAGCAUUUGUGUGGACUAUUUUUGUGAAAAUGGAACGACAAACCUUCUAUCCAUGGCAAUCAAUAUGAUGAUCUGUGCGAUGUCGAUAACUUUUGCCAUUUUCGUGAAAAUAGGAAUCGAUGAGACCAUUCCGGGUUACAUUCAUAUCUGCCGGGUAUUUAUGCUUACCCGGAGCUUGAUCCUGACGGUACGGUGGACGUACGAAAGUGUUGCACUGAGGAUCAGCCAAAUCAACGGAGAUACUAGACCAAAUGUGGCGAGGGCCGAAAAUAUCGCAACCAUACUACUCAUGACCAUGGCAGCAAUCUGCGGUUUGGAGGUAUGGAUUCUCAAUGGUGUUCAGCGCUAUGUGAAGCAUAGAGCACAGGAAAAUAGUAGAAACGAGGAGAUGUAUUGA